GAAAAGGAACCACACAACUGAACGGAGAUCACUUCCAAGAUGACAACUCCGAUUGCAGCUAUCCUGCUUCUCUUGCUGCCGGUCCUGCUGCUCCCCCGGGGCCGCGUCGACGGCUAUCGGCCGGUCAUCAUCGUGCAUGGUCUAUUUGAUGGACCCAAACAAUUCCAAAAGAUGGUUCUCUUCAUUAAAAAGACACAUCCUGGCACAGAGGUGAUGGUGGUGGAUUUGGACAAGCACAUGUCCAGUCUCAAACCGCUAUGGAAGCAGGUGCAAGAUUUCCACCUGGCCAUUGAGCCCAUCAUGAGGAAGUCACUUGAUGGGGUACACAUGCUGUGUUUUUCACAAGGUGGUCUAAUAUGUCGAGCCCUCCUCUCCACCACGCCCAACCACAACAUCCACACCUUCAUUGCGUUGUCAUCACCCCUGGCCGGCCAGUACGGAGACACGGACUACCUGCAGCGGGUGUUUCCCUACUUCAUGAAGACCACAAUCUUCUUGGUUUGCUACAACAGAGCGGGACAAAAAGUGUCCAUUUGCCAGUACUGGAAUGACCCACACCACAGAUCCAGUUACCUGAAGAAGAACACGUUUCUUCCACUGCUCAAUGGUGACAUACCUCACAACAAACUGAAAUCCUGGAGGGAGAACUUCCUACGUAUCAAGAAGCUGGUGUUGAUUGGCGGACCGGACGACGGCGUCAUCACUCCCUGGCAGUCAAGCCACUUUGGAUUUUAUGACAGUGAAGAGCAUGUUGUGGAAAUGAGGAACCAAGAGUUUUACAGGAAUGACACCUUCGGGCUGAAGACGCUGAGCGCUCGCGGUGACCUGUCAUUGUGCCUCCGUGCCGGCGUCAAGCACAUACACUGGCACUCCAAUUUUACCGUGUUCACAGACUGCAUUGAGAAAUGGCUCACUUGAUCGGAGAGAGGGAGACAAUGGAGACCUGUUUGAGGAUUUAUUAGAUAGCCUUUAUGUCCAUGUAUUAUGCUCUUCGUCCUUUCUAGUAGGCCAAUUCAGCACAUAGGAAAGAUAUGGUUCACAAAUUCAAAUGGCUUUCCAUAAGGGAUAAGUAUCCGCCAUUCCAAGUGAAUGCAGAUGACGAUACUGCGGUAAAAAAGGGAGGAAACAAAAACAUCAUUGAUGUUCCAGCAUUCUUUCCAUUUUUCUGAAAAAAAUCAUAACUCCUUAUACAUAUAAAUCCAAGAGUGAUUUCUUCCAAAGGAAUGUAUACAGUAUUUAAAAAAAAGAAAUUUAGAAUGUAA